UAAUUAAAUUUCGAACGCAUUAAAUAGAAAGGUAGAAAGGAAAUACCAGCAUAAGAGAUCAAUUUAAUACGGUUACGAAAAAAUUUGAAAUUUAAAUGAAGUUAUGUCGUUUAAUUCACAUUUGUCAAAACAUUUUUACUUGAAGAGGUUUUCUUUAUUCUUCCAGAAUAUUAAAAAAGUGCGAUCAUGCGAAGACAGGAUAUUUGCUUUGUAGUUUUGUUUGGUAUGCUCCAAGUACUCGCAUUGGCAAGAGCAGACGGAGAGGAUUAUACAUAUGAUGACGAACCUUUACGGGUGCGCAUCGGCAAGACAGAGUUAUUAGUUUGGAACAUGCCGCUGGAUUGGCAAAGCGCCUAUGAAUUUUGUGAGAACGAUAACAGUAAUUUGGUGGUUUUGAAUAACCGUGAGAAAAUUGUGAAAUUGCAAUUGUUUUUAAUAAAAAACAGAGAAAACCGGCAGUUAUUUGCAUACUGGAUUGGUGGCAACGAUUUGGAAGAGCUCAAUAAAUGGAAAUGGAUACCGAUUAAUAAGCCAUUUACAUAUACACAUUGGCUGGAUGGUGAACCGAAGCGAUCUUCUAGUAAACGCUGCGUAGGGAUAGAUUUCCCGACGCUUGGUCGUUGGCACAAUAGUCCCUGUUCUCACUUGCGUAACUUCAUCUGCGAACGAACAAUAAUUUAGAUUAAUUGCAUAGUUAUAUAGAAGUUUAUUUUUCAGUGAUUGGAUUAGAGAAAUGUUAAGAUAUUAAGUAACUUUCUAUACGUGUAAUGGUGUACAUAAUCCCAAGAGUAAUCACUGCUUGUAAUUAUUAUCACUCACUAGAUAAUUGAUAAUUAUUUAUGUUUAAUAUUAAGAAGUUCUUAUUUAAAAAUACCCUUAAUAAUUGUUAACUUUCUAUACGAGUGAUGAUAUAAUCCCAAGAGUAAUAACUGCUUGUAAAGUGAUUAUUCGUGUGAUUAUGUAAAUUAUGUAAACCAUUACUCGUAUAAAACGUUACUUAACAUUUCAACAUUUCGAAAAUCCAAUCACUGAAAAAUAAAAUUUUAUAUAGAUAUACAAUUAAUCAAAAUUAUAGUCUAGUUCUAAUUUUUAUAUGAGUAAUCCAAAAGGUAGGUUAUGUCCACAUUUUUAUUUUUUAGUAACCACUUUCGAAAGUUGUAGUAAUAUUAUAUAUCUCUAUUUGGCGUCUAACUACGAAAAAAAUGGAUGAUUUUUAAAAAAAUUUUUGGUUCAUUGCCCAGCCUAGUGUUGUACAGCGUAAUGUUAAAUAUGCAUAAAUAUCGUCCUUAUUGCUUAAAAUAAUUGGGGUUCAUCGAUGGCUGUGUCAAAUCUCAGUUUUAUUGUUAGUAUCCUUCUGGGAAAUAAUAGCGUAAAAUACAAAGUUAGAGAAAUUUUAUCAGAGUUGAGAAUUCUCUUGCUACUCGGUGAUAAAAAAUAAGUGGUUCCGCCAAAUAUUAGCAAAUUCGAUGUAUAUAAGGUCUACCAACAACAAUGAUGUGAUGUUGAAAUGAAAUAAACUCUCAAAUUUGAUAAAAAUGGGUUCUAUUAUUUUUUCUAUGCAGGUAAUUAUAUGCCAUUUAUGAUUUGUACAAAGUUUCACUCAAAUAGCCACGAUGGCUCUGUUUGCAUAUAUCUACUUGUAUAUUGUGCUGAAUGUUAUUUUCGAGCGUUUCGGGUAGAGAUUCUCCGCUCCGAUUUGUUCAAAUUCUGGGAAAAAAAGUCGGUCAGCAUCGUGAUAUAACGCUUGAUGAUUAACGAUUGAUUGCAACGGCAUUUCCUGCAUCAUUUCGAAAGAAAUAAGGCCCGAUGAUGCUGUCAUACUACAAUCCGCACCAAACGGUCAAUUUUUGGGGAUGCAGUUGCGUUUCCUGAAUCACACGAAAUUUUGACUCACCCCAAUAGCGGCAGUUUUGUUUAUUGACGAAGCCAAUAAACCAGAAAUGGGUCUCAUCUAUGAAGUCCGCGUUUUGCGCGAAGAGGUCUUACAGUAGCCACCGGAGAAAGUAAAUUUUCGUAAUAAUUUUUGGCAAUUUCCAAGCGUUGUUCCAAAGUAAAACGUGACAUGAUGAAAUGACAAACCUUGCUUAACACACUGACAAAAGUUCGCACAAAUCUGUAAACAAACAUGGCCGAAACGAGCUAUCAAAAUCAUGUCAUCCCUAUUGGUUGACGGUGUAUAUAUACAGCAAUACAUGCUGAUGCAUUAUAAUUUAAUUUCGUACGCAUUAAUUAGAAAGCUAUUUAUAUUAGCACAACAGAUCAAUUUAAUACGGUUGCGAAGAAAAUUUGUUAUUGAAAUAAAGUUAUGUCGUUUAAUUUGCAGUUGUAAAAAUAUUUUUACUUGAAGAGGUUCUCUUUAUUCUUUCAGAAUAUUAAAAAAGUGCGAUCAUGCGAAGACAGGAUAUUUGCUUUGUAGUUUUGUUCAGUAUGCUCCAAGUACUCGCAUUGGCAAAAGCAAACAUUGAUGGGUGGGAAAUGGACUCUGGCGAACUAUAUCAAAAUGUUGAGGGAGCUUAUUCGGUGCGUUUCGGCAAGACGGAGUACACAGUUUGGCACAGACAGCCGCUGAGUUGGCAAAGCGCCUAUGAGUUUUGUGAACGCUAUAAUAGCAGUCUGGUGGUUUUGAAUGAUCGUGAGAAAAUUGUGAAAUUACAAAUGUUUUUAGUAAAGAACAAUUUUGUUCAAGCCCGAAUCAACGACGAUGAGCCAGGCUUCAUUUACUGGAUUGGUGGCAACGAUUUGGAAGAACUCAAUAAGUGGAAAUGGAUACCGAUUAAUAAGCCAUUUACAUAUACACACUGGCUGGUUGGCGAACCGACGCGAUCUUCUAGUCAACGUUGUGUUGAGAUGGGUGACAAGGCGCUUGGUCGUUGGAGCAAUAGUCCUUGUUCUUUCAAGCGUUACUUCAUCUGCGAACGUAGCUUUAAAUCUGUGCGCCAAAGAACUGAAUUGUAAUAUUGUUGAAUUGUAUGUUUAUGCAGACGCAUACUUAUCAGUUUAUGGUUAUAGAAAUGGUGAUAAGGACUAAUUACUUUUUUCAUUUCUACCAUAUUCAAAAUUUUCUGAAUAUGUUUAGUAGUUGUCAAGUUAUGACUACUCUUAAAUAAUAACGCUGUUAAGAAAAUAA